UGCAGUUCCGGUCAUUCAGUCGCGUACGCAUUAUCCUCUGGAUUGCCAACCGCAAAGAUGCACGCUCUUUUCUUCUCGACAACGCUCGCGUCGCUCCUUAUCGCCUCUCCCCUCGUUCAGGCAUCCCAGUCCUCAAACCUGACCUCGUCGCAGACGGACGCCAUCAAAGCCGCACUUUCAGCCAGCGACCUGCAGUCCUGGGAAAUUGGCACAUAUGCCGAAGCGCUGUUGGAGCUCGACACGCCCUCCUGGUCGCCCCAAUCCCCCGGCGUCCAGUUCUCGUCGUUCUUCACGUCCUCGCCACCCCAGACCCUAGACGAGGUACUCAGCUACGCGAAAUCCGUCACUCAAAACUGGACCACCCAGAAUAAUGUCACAGGCAAUACUACUGGCCUUGCCGCGCCACUCUUACCGAAUAGCGCCGCCGGCGACCCGCCCAGCACGGGCUUUGCGGUCAUCCUCGCGAAUCUUACUGGGCGGUCCCAGCAGGACAACCUAGAAUACGCCGGAGCAGCGACAUCCCAGCUCGAGUACCUGCUCACAGGCGUGCCGAAGACAACAGAUGGCGCGAUCAGCCAUCGCCCGGAGCAGCUGCAGCUCUGGUCGGACUUUGUGUACAUGGUUCCGCCGUUCCUGGCGUACUACGGCGUGGCAACCGGGAACAAUAGUGUCACACGCAUGGCGCAUGACCAGAUCCGGCUGUACCGGCAAUACCUACAAAACAAUGGAAGCGCGAGCGGAAAGGGUCCGAGCACGAGUGGGCUCUGGAGACACAUGGCGCUCGGGAGUGGCGCCGACAAUGGCUUCUGGAGCACCGGUAACGCGUGGGCCGCUGCUGGGAUCGUCCGCGUCCUCGGUAUAUACGCGUCCUCGCCACAAAACGCGUCUCUGCAGACCGAGCAGGCGGACCUCGUGCAAUGGGCGCACGAGAUCCAGGGUGCGCUUGGCCCGUGGCUGGACUCCCAAACGGCUCUGCUGCACAACUACGUGGACGACUCGUCCACGUUCCUCGACGCCGCGUCGAGCACCCUGUAUGCCGCGUCCGUGUACCGCCUGGCGACGCUCGUCUCGGCAGGCAUCCCCCCGUCCUCGGCGACGUCUUCGUCCGGGACGUCCGUCGGAGACAUGGCAGCCGGCGUCGAGGACGCCGUGCCCACGGCGGAGCGCGUGCGCGCCGCGGUCUUCACGACGCAGAGCUCGAGCACGGGCUCGGGGCUCGCGCACUUCACGAGCGGCAUGACGCUCAUGCCCGUCGUGAACGGCCACGACUUUGGGCAGCAGCUCGUGCUGCCCGUCGACGCCUCCAACGCGAGCGUCAACGGCGGCCUCCUGUUCAGCCCCGAGGCGCAGGCGUUCGUGCUCGAGAUGCAGGCGGCCUACCGCGACUGGGCCUCCGCGGGCAGUCCGGAGAAGAGCGCCGCGCUCGGUAGGGGUGUCCAGCACGGCGUGCUCGCUGCUGCAUUCGCUGUUGCAGCCGGUGUGGUUCUGCUCUAGGAAGCUGGCUCGAUGCAUUCUUAUCUUUCUAUUAUCCUUCUAUUAUCUUUAUUGACUAUUUCUCCUCGCUCAGCGCUGUAUUUCGGGAAGUCCACACUAUCUGUUUUCGUGCACAUCUCUAUUUCUUAUUACGUGACUCUUUCUCCAUUCUUCUGUCACACCGUAUACCUUCUUCGAACGCUUCGCUUUAUUCUUCCUUUCGGGCUCAAGUUUGUCUGUGUGUACAUCAUGUUGUACGUCACGAUUGUUUCGCUCUGGUUGUCUGUACUCUACUAUAGGGAUCG